GGAUUCUUAUUGGUCCAACUCGCCGUCUGUCGGCGGCGAGUCCGCCCCCUCAGAACCUUACAUUUACAGUGUAGCAAAAGAGAAAGUAACUAUGUUGCUGCUGGAGAUCAAUGAAGCUAAGUGAAUGGGGGCUGAAUGUGCGAGUCCAUAGCUGAAGCGGAGCGCCAGAUGGUGGAGGAAUACACUUAUUUAUGAAACUGUCUUGAGUUCUUCUUGAAUUGCCAGUUUUCAGCCUCCUCAUGCCUCCGUCUCCUUUAGACGACAGGGUAGUAGUGGCACUAUCUAGGCCCGUCCGACCUCAGGAUCUCAACCUUUGUUUAGACUCUGGCUACCUUGGCUCUGCCGCCCCAGGCAGUAACAGCCACCCUCCUGUCAUCGCCACCACCGUUGUGUCCCUCAAGGCUGCGAAUCUGACGUAUAUGCCCUCAUCCAGCGGCUCUGCCCGCUCCCUGAAUUGUGGAUGCAGCAGUGCCAGCUGCUGCACUGUGGCAACCUACGACAAGGACAAUCAGGCCCAAACCCAAGCCAUUGCCGCUGGCACCACCACCACUGCCAUCGGAACCUCUACCACCUGCCCUGCUAACCAGAUGGUCAACAAUAAUGAGAAUACAGGCUCUUUAAGUCCAUCAAGUGGAGUGGGCAGCCCUGUGUCAGGGACCCCCAAGCAGCUGGCCAGCAUCAAAAUAAUCUACCCCAAUGACUUGGCAAAGAAGAUGACCAAAUGCAGCAAGAGUCACCUGCCGAGUCAGGGCCCUGUCAUCAUUGACUGCAGGCCCUUCAUGGAGUACAACAAGAGUCACAUCCAAGGAGCUGUCCACAUUAACUGUGCCGAUAAGAUCAGCCGGCGGAGACUGCAGCAGGGCAAGAUCACUGUCCUAGACUUGAUUUCCUGUAGGGAAGGCAAGGACUCUUUCAAGAGGAUCUUUUCCAAAGAAAUUAUAGUUUAUGAUGAGAAUACCAAUGAGCCAAGCCGAGUGAUGCCCUCCCAGCCACUUCACAUAGUCCUCGAGUCCCUGAAGAGAGAAGGCAAAGAACCUCUGGUGUUGAAAGGUGGACUUAGUAGUUUUAAGCAGAACCAUGAAAACCUCUGUGACAACUCCCUCCAGCUCCAAGAGUGCCGGGAGGUGGGGGGCGGCGCAUCCGCGGCCUCGAGCUUGCUACCUCAGCCCAUCCCCACCACCCCUGACAUCGAGAACGCUGAGCUCACCCCCAUCUUGCCCUUCCUGUUCCUUGGCAAUGAGCAGGAUGCCCAGGACCUGGACACCAUGCAGCGGCUGAACAUCGGCUACAUCAUCAACGUCACCACUCAUCUUCCCCUCUACCACUAUGAGAAAGGCCUGUUCAACUACAAGCGGCUGCCAGCCACUGACAGCAACAAGCAGAACCUGCGGCAGUACUUUGAAGAGGCUUUUGAGUUCAUUGAGGAAGCUCACCAGUGUGGGAAGGGGCUUCUCAUCCACUGCCAGGCUGGGGUGUCCCGCUCUGCCACCAUUGUCAUUGCUUACUUGAUGAAGCACACUCGGAUGACCAUGACUGAUGCUUACAAAUUUGUCAAAGGCAAACGACCAAUUAUCUCCCCAAACCUUAACUUCAUGGGGCAGUUGCUAGAGUUCGAGGAAGACCUAAACAACGGUGUGACACCGAGAAUCCUUACACCAAAGCUGAUGGGCGUGGAGACGGUUGUGUGACAAUGGUCUGGAUGGAAAGGAUUGCUGCUCUCCAUUAGGAGACAAUGAGGAAGGAGGAUGGAUUCUGUUUUUUUUUUUUCUUUUUUCUUUUUUUUUUAGUUGGGAGUAAAGUUUGUGAAUGGAAACAAACUUGUUUAAACACUUUAUUUUUAACAAGUGUAAGAAGACUAUAACUUUUGAUGCCAUUGAGAUUCACCUCCCACAAACUGACAAAUUAAGGAGGUUAAAGAAGUAAUUUUUUUAAGCCAACAAUAAAAAUAUAAUACAACUUGUUUCUCCCCCUUUUCCUUUUAAGCUAUUUGUAGAGUUUAUGACUAAAUAGUCUGUGCAGGUUCAUAGACCGAAGAUACUACACACUUUAAACCAAUUAAAAAGAACCAAAAGUAAAUAGAAAAGACAUUGAAUCACCAAGGCCUGGGAUCAACCUGGGCUGUCCACACAGAAAAAAACCCAACCAAACCAAGCCCUGUUGUGCUCACUGGUGCAAAGAGAAGAUCAGGGCAGCUUAAGUGGUCUAAGAAUCCUUCAGGCAUUCUUUAAAGGGACGAAGGAUACCUUUGAUUUUGUGUGUUUCAUGCUCUGGAUUUUUUUUUUCCUUCUCUGGGUUUAAGAGAUUUUUUUUGAAAUAGUGAGGAACUGACCAUUAUAUGCCUUCACUGGCUUCUUGUGCAAUAAUAUGAUGUUUUAAGUGUGCAAACAAGUUAGAGCUGGCAGCUGAAUGAUAGACAAAUAGUGCAAAUUUGCCAGCUUGGAGAUAGAAAGGAAUUCAACAAUAUAUCAAUUACUUUCCUUCCCACCUUUUUCCUUUUUUUUCUGAUUUGAUUCUGGUUACAGUGCCAUAAACCUUGUUACAUAUGUAUAUCAGAAUGUAAGAAAAAAAAUUUAUUUAAAAAUAUUUUUCGCAAAAAAAAAAACAACCUUGGUGUGUUUCUGUUGAUUGUGUAAAAAUUUAUUUUCAUUAUAUAAAUGAAACUGG